UCUUGUGAACUAAGUUACUAUAAAACUUGACAGCCAAAGCAAAGGGGCAGAGGGCACAAGUGCAAUAAGGGCGCAAGGUUAUUUCAAUUUCUUUUUGCCUAUGUCAUCUCAAUAAAUUUUGCAUUUGAAAUAGGAAAAACAAGAAUGUGUACUCUUUUAUUAAGGCGAGUUUCGGGAAGAAUGGUUCGCUAACAUUUAAAUGAUACUAAUUUGAUUACCCCAAUGUCCGAGUGUGUCCAUGACCAAUAUUUCCCCGUAUAAUUCAACUGGCAGUACAUUACACCAAUUUCGUGAACAAGAUGAGUACCACGAGAUCCUUUUUUGUGAUCUCUACGUCUUAAAAAAGAAGCUGCACGAUGCUAGAGGUAAAUGUUGUAUCUUAUCCAUGCGGUCAGCGCACAUCGCAAUUGACAGAGUCGCUUCAUCGAGAUGAUCGUGCGUAAUUAAUCAUGGAAAAGCGGAAUGCUUCCAGCAAGGAUGACCGCCAGGUCCUCCAGCAUUAUGUUGCCAAACAAAACACUAUUCUGAUGCGUAUAUCCGGAGAAUGUGACACAAAUGUCAAUACGUUACGUCUUGGUAUGCUAGCAGAAGCGGUUGAGGAUUUAGGGGGAGAUGGUCUUAGAGUACGUGUUACUGACACAUCGGGAUCAGAAGUUUGGCGUGGUACAGAAUGGCGAUGUCACAGAUUCGAUUUGAUCCCUGUAUCACCAGAGGUAUGGAAGUUUCUUCCAGCGGUAACUGUGCCUGAGGAGAGGAUUCGUUUGGCUAAUCACAAGCAAUUAUGCAAAGAAUUGAUGAGUCUAAUGAUAGAUGAUACCGUUUGGUACUGUCCUGAUCCCCAAGGAUAUACCAAGUUUCUGGCUCUAAUUAAAUACAUAGGACUUGUACCUCAACUUGGUCCAGGACAUUAUUUUGGUCUUGACUUAUUGGAAGGAAAAGAAUCAUCCAAGACAGCUUUGCUAAGUAAAGAGUAUUUUGUGUCCACUCAUUCGGAAGGGAGGUUUGCUACAUUGAGCCACAUUUUUCCAUUGAAGCCCGAAGGUCCUACCGGUCUUGGAAAUGCAGAUAAAAAUCCUUUUUUAAAGACAGACAUAGGAAACAAUCACACAAAUGACAAAAAAAAGUCUGUAUUGGACACUACACCAUCUGUUCUUUUGGAGAGAUUUACUACCUAUGACGAUAACAAAAACAAUAACAGAGAUCAACGAUCUAUGUCAAAGGAAUACCUUCAAUCAACGAAAUCAAUACCACUUGAAAAUGAUAGUAACGUAACUAAAAACACAAAUGUCCAUUCGUACACGCAAUCUGGCAGUACACCAGAAAAAAAUGAAAAUAAAAAGUUCGGACGAAUGGAAAAUUCAGAUUUAAUUGUUGGUUCCAACGUAAAAGUGAUUUUGGAUUCCGAUGUGCACUAUGGUGUCAUUCGUUGGAUAGGAACACCGCCUGGUAUUACUCCUAGUAAAUUAAUGGCAGCUGUAGAACUGGAUAAUAGUCAUCCUUCUGGGACUGAUGGAACAUAUAAAGACGUUAGGUAUUUUCAUUGUCGGCCUUACAGGGCAAUUUUCAAAGAUCUUGACCAAUGUUCCCGCUACGAUGGAAUGGUUGCAAAAAGUGAAGACCCAAUGUCACCGAUAAACAUGGACAAUUUUGGAAAUAUUGAGAGUUCUGUGAUAAUUGGAAUGGUGCGACCCAUUUCUGUUAAAGGAAAUCUGGAAAGUAUUUGUGGAAAGUACAGAGGAAUUCAAGGUCAUCACAAUUCAUGUUAUUUGGAUGCCACUCUUUUCAGCAUGUUUACGUUUACUAGCGUUUUUGAUAAUCUUUUAUUUAGACCACCCAAUGAGAAAGACUGUCCACAAUAUGAAGAGGUGCAAAGAGUAUUGCGUGAAGAAAUAGUAAAUCCGCUCAGAAAAAAUAUGUUUGUUAGAGCAGAUCACGUAAUGAAACUUCGGACAUUGCUUGAAAAGCUUUCAUCGGUGUCCGGUUUAACCAGCGAGGAAAAAGAUCCUGAAGAAUUUUUAACUUCUCUGGUUGCCCAAAUUUUGAACGCUGAGCCAUUUCUCAAAUUGAGUUCUGGUCAGGACGCGUAUCAUUAUCAACUCUUCGUCGAAAAAGAUGACCAUUUGAACCUUCCGACGGUACAACAAUUACUAGAACAAAGUUUUUUAACAAGUAACAUCCGAUUGAAAGAAGUACCAUCCUGUCUUAUCAUUCAAAUGCCUAGAUUUGGAAAAUCGUUUAAAAUGUACCAAAAAAUCCAACCGACACUAUUGCUGGACGUUACAGAUAUAAUUGAAGAUUCUCCCAGACAAUGCACAGUUUGUGGCAAAUUAGCAGAAUUUGAAUGCAAGGAAUGUUACGGACAAUGCGGCGUUGGACUCGAGAGUAUUGCUUUUUGUUUACAAUGUUUGGAAAAGGUGCAUCAGCAUGAACGAAGGACGAAUCAUGAACCGAAGAAGCUCGUGGUACCAAUGGAAUUUGAUAUUUUGCAAGAACAUUGCCCUGUUCCAAGAUUGUACCUAGAAUUAUCUGCAGUCGUUUGUAUCGAAACGUCGCAUUAUGUUUGCUUUGUAAAAUGUGGUUCUGGAUCGGAGGCGCCGUGGUGUUUCUUUGAUUCCAUGGCUGAUAGAAAAGGAGAACAAAAUGGCUACAACAUACCUGAGAUGGUUCCAUGCCCAGAUUUCCCAUAUUGGCUGAGCGAAGAAGGUGGAAACUACCUGACUGAAUUAACAGAUGAUCGUCAUUUACCUGAGCAUGCAAAACGACUCUUGUGCGACGCCUAUAUGUGCAUGUAUCAAUCACCAGACGUUAUGAUGUACAAAUAAGUUGAGUUGCCUAGUAAUUUAGGUAAGUUAGGCUUCAAAUUACUACCCAACGAAUUCAAGCAUAAUAUUUGUGCUGAUUAGUUGUAGUCUAAUUUGCACAAACCAAUGCGAAUUUUAUUUGUGAAAAUAAUGAAAGACAUGGAUGGUGUAAACGUGAAUUAUAUUUAUUCAUAAACUUUAUUUAAAUGACGAUGAUAAACGUGUAGUCCUAAAGGAACUAAAGUUACUAGUACGUUACAGAAA